CGAUCGACGCGGUGUCAGAGACCUUUGCGCGCGCCGACGCCGCACGAACCUACCGCAAGGGGGUCUGGCGGAUCGUCCAGGUCGCUGCCAGCUCAGCGGUGAUCGGCGGCAAGGGUUCAGAGGUAGUGCGCGCCGCCGGGCCGACGACGCCUUCGACUCGGGAGUGCGUGGCACCAUACGAAAUGGGCGGCUGUGCCUUCAGCGCACAGGUUCUGGCGGGCUGGUCGAGGGCCACGGCUUCGAGCCCCAUGCGUCUUGCGCAGUGGGAGUUGGAUCCUGCGGCUUCGGCCACCGUGGUGCUCUUCUACCUGCCGCUCGGGCUGGGCAGCGACGCUCAGCUGAGACGCUGGGAGAGUGAGUUCCCAGAAGCCUCGCGGUCGUCAGGCCCCACCAUUUCAGGCACCUUCGACGUGUCGAAGAAGGCGCCCGUGCUGCUCAGCAUUGCUGGAGGCUGGAACGGCGGGGGGCCCUCCGGGGCACCGAAAGAUGCAGCUCUCAAGGCAGGCUACGGAUUACGCGCCGCCAUUGUUCCCGGCAUUGCCGCGGUUGGCAGCGAGAGGCAGAUGGCGUUCUUCAUCAAGGCAGUCGGCCCAGAGGGAAUUUUGAGAGCAAACGCUGCCAAGUUUGAAAGCUUUGUCGCCAGCGUGCGGACAGCCUGAUUUUGUUUGGUGCGUUGGAGACGCAGCUAUAUGCGCGUUUUAUCAAAAAGCUACACGACGAAUUCCACCAUCAUGCACCCCAUUGGUCCGCCGCUUUGGUUGCGCCUUGCGACAGCAACCUGUAGCAAUGUCAGGGCGAACAGAUGCUGUGGCAUCAAAGUCACCGUCGUGCCACGACGAUCCUGUCGGUAGAAGGUCACGAGGGCCAUGCCGUAA